CCCUGCCUGCCAUGACCCGCUGCUGCACGCUGCUUGCCUGGGCCCUAUUCGCCCUCCUCGGCCUCGUGGAGGCUCAAAGAGACUCGAUAAACUGCCCCGCCAUCGUGUCCCGCACAGAGUGGAGCGCCCUGGAGUCCGAGUGCAACAAGCGCCUGCAAAAGCCCUUGCGCUACGUGGUGGUGUCGCACACGGCGGGCAGCGCCUGCGACACGCCGGCCUCUUGCUUGAGGCAGGUCCAGAAUGUUCAGCACUACCACGUGCAGACGCUGGGCUGGUGCGACGUGGGCUACAACUUCCUGAUUGGAGAAGACGGGCUCAUAUAUGAGGGCCGGGGCUGGAACACCUUGGGGGCCCACUCAGGUCCCAUCUGGAACCCCAGAGCCUUUGGCAUCUCCUUCAUGGGUAACUACAUGGAUCGGGUGCCCCCGGACCGUGCCAUCAGGGCGGCCGAGAGUCUGCUGGCUUGCGGCGUGACUCAGGGAUUCCUGACUCGUAACUACGAGGUCAAAGGACACCGGGAUGUGCAGCAGACGCUCUCUCCAGGUGACCAGCUCUACAAAAUCAUCCAGCGGUGGCCACACUACCGCCGCGUGUGAGGCCCUGUCCAUACUCUCACACACACCCCCCAUCAGAAGCCCCACUGCCUUCCCCUCCUGCAAUAAAGGUGAAGC